AUUACUCCUGUUAAACAACAAUUGUCCAGUUUCGUGAAAUUCGCAUCCGUCUGUUCUUUUGCUUGUUUCCGAUUUCUUGCGCUCACUCUCUGAGCCGACGAAGCAUCUCACCCUAUUGUCAUCACGGGCAUGUCCACCUAGCAUCAAGCAUUUCGUUUUGCACAGCGCCGCCAUGUCCACCCAGAACUUUGGCGUAUUUUGGAAAAAAACACUCGUUAGCCUCCCACGCCUCGUGCCUGAUUUUGUAUUGCACUUCACUUCGCCUAAUGGACCACAUCCGGUAGUGUUCGACAUACCAUCGCGAGGCUCGCACAAAAUCCCUGUCUAUGUUUUCGUCCCUCCGCACCGCAACCCGCACCACCACCAGCUAGCCUCAGAGGGCACACAUCUCAAGGAAGUGCUCCAACCUGACCCGGAAGAUGACGACGUCAAAUUGCCUGUCCUGAUCGAUUUUCAUGGUGGCGGCUUCGUUCUAGGGUCCUGUCAGGAACAGGCGCCCUUUUGCGCCAAGAUGUGCAGGACACUGAACUGUGUUGUCAUCUCCGUCGACUAUCGCCUCGGUCCCGCCGCCCAGUUCCCUGCCGCGCACCACGAUGCCGAAGACGCGGUGCACGCGGUCCUUGAUCCCAGCAAACCCGCAUACGAGGCGCUCCGGGCAGGAAUUCAUCGACACCUGCAGAAGGAGGGUCGGAAACCGAUCACGUUGGACGAAGAGAGAAUCGCCUUUUCUGGAUUCAGCUCCGGAGGCAAUCUCGCGCUUAACAUGGCUUUGAGCGUCAAGAAUGACCCCACGACCAAGGCGGAUUGGCUGAGUCCGGUGCCCUGGGACUUCAAGGACCGGGUUCCCGUGUUGCUUUUCUACCCGUCCCUCGACACGCGGUUGUUGCCGCACGAACGACCCAAACCAACCGGGUGGAACGUGAACGCGCCCAAGAGCUGGGUGGAGCGGUGGAAAAUCGAGGCCGAGUUGAUGCCAACGUACCUCCCGGUCUCUAUGAGUGGGUUCCCAAGGGCAAGUCCCGGACUGGCGGACAUCAAAUCUAAAGAUGAAGCGUCCAAAACUGGGUUGCACCCCAAGGCCAAGAUAUUCCUGGUGCUCCCGCAGCUCGACACCCUGAACCACCAGAGUCAGGUUUGGAUCAAGAAGGUCCGUGAUGAAGGGAGAGGUGAGGAUCUGAUCGUGGAAGAGGUCAAGGGUGUGGUGCACGGGUGGACCCAGUUUCCUGAUUCGUUCCUGGACGAUGAGGGCAAAAGGUCGAAGUGGAAGGUCUUUGACGAGGCUGGACGAUUUCUCCAGACUCACUGGAAUUUUGCCGGAAAAGGAAAUCAAUGUGGAGGUUGAGGGUGAAGACAAAGGUUACGAUGAACCGACGAUUGAGAAGGCUCUUGAUCUGCCAGUCAACCUCUCUCAGCAAGGCGGUCGACGACUUCGGAGACGCGACGGAUCUGUGCUUGGACUCGUUUUCCUCGCACGAAUGCGUGUUAUGCUCAGCCUUACAGCCGUUCCCACGGAUCUGGGACCUUCGCUUCAUCACAGGAAGUCGCCAACCGCAGCACGAAAGGUGCGCAUUGCAAGCGACGGGCAUGCUCCUCAAGCCUAAUUG